AUGUGGAUUAUCUCGUUCUGGGUAUUUCCCCUCGUUGCAGGAUGCAUGUGGAUAGCGACGUUGGUCGCCAUGCUUGGAGCUUGGGCGGCUGAUGGAAAGCCACACUACACUACCAUGAGCCAUGGGCAAACCAUCCCGUAUAUCUCGCAUAUCGGCGCCGAAGGAAUCAAACCGCUUUUCAUCGCCGGUAGUGCUGUCACUGUCGUUUUCAUGGAUCUUUCUCUUCUGGCGGAGCGUUGGCUCCGACACUCCGGUCAAUUGCUCAAGAACAAGGGGCGAUUCGACAAGGCUUGCGCCAUUGGGUCUAUCGUCUUUUCUGUCACCGGAGCUUUGGGGCUGAUCCUCCUGUCUAUCUUUGACGCCAAGCGUCACCAGCACCAACACUACGGCUUCUUGGUCAUGUUCAUCGUGAGCUACGUGAUCUGCGCCAUUCUCGUAUGUUUGGAAUACAUUUGGAUUGGUCGAUACUACCGUCAAGCCCGGAUCUUGCUCAUCAGCUUUGCCGUCAAGGGGGUGUUUGUGAUUGGUGAAAUUGGCGUUGCCAUUGGAUUCGGUGUGUGCAUGGGAGCGAAAACGAAGAACCGGAAGAACGUCGCCGCUGUUUUGGAAUGGGUUGCCGCACUGAUCUUUGCAUUCUUUGUCUUUUCCUUUGUCAUUGACCUGUUACCGUCUGUCCGCACGAAGAAGCGUGUUCCCCAGGGUGAAAAGUACACUCGACCUACUGAUGGCCCCGUGCCAGCCGAGAGUCUCCGAACUUUGGUAAAGAAAUGUGGUGACCUCAUACAUUCUCAUCUCAAGUUUCCUUUUAAAGAGCGCCCUCGCCCUAAAAGAUAUCCUACUAGGCAUCAUAGUAUAUUGAAAUCCAAGAUCAUUACAAUGUCAAACUUCUACGAGCAUCCAUACGGCACAGUUUCAACUCUCGCACGUGUGAUACAGUGCAUCAGUUCGAUCGUGGUUCUUGGCAUCACAGCCUGGGCAGUCCGCGAUACGAAAACCCUCACUGUGAUCUUCUCCCUGGUCAUAAUGGCACGUCCUUCCAUUGAUAUUGACCGAUACCGCAGUCUCGUACCUGUAAGUACGACUACGCUAUAUCAUGAACGCAAAACUAACCUCGCUAGCUGGCUUACUUCGUUCAUUUUCUUGGCUCAAAACUUCAACCAAGUUAGCUGCAGUGUCCACCUCUGGAAUGGGCAGACGGUAUGCAGUCGGAAGUAUGCCGCCGAGGCGUUUAGUUUCAUUGCCUUUUUCACUUCAUUCGGUGCAAUGCUCUUCGAGGUUUUGUACCUCUACAGCCACCGGGAUGAUCUUCCGAUGCGGGAGAAGAGGAAUGGCCACGAACAACUAGAGCAAAACCUCCAGUCUGCCGGCGUGAUGCACUAA